AUGAUGACGAACGCCACUCUUCUCCUAAUGAUCGUCACAAUGUCGUCCGUCGCCUCACAAACGUUCCAGUAUUCAAGAGGUUGGACAAACGGCAAGCGAGGUGGACAGAAACACGAACUUACCCUGGAGAAGAUCCUCAACCCCUGCCAAAUGGACAAGCUAAAAUAUCUGCUGGAAGGGAAACCGCUUACAGAAAAAAUUCUAACACCAUGUAAUUACAUCGAAGAAGAUAAUGAACUACCAAAACGUUUCAGUUCGGACCGCGGACAGGACUCCUUGUACGACGCAUUUCAGUAAACUUGUACUCUCUACAAGUUGUAGACUACAACGGUGCCAUUGAACGAGAUUUUGUAUAAAUAUGUCUAAGAUAUAUGAGUAAAUAUUAUUUAAUUUUAGUUUUAUAUAACCUUAUAUUAUUAAACGUUACGUUAUGUUACCUGUGUACCUACUACCUAGAAGAAAUAGCCAAAUUUAGCUAAAUUAAUUAUAAAAAUGUACGGAAAACUACAAAAAAAAAAAAAAAAAAAUUGUAAAAUGUAAAUUCAUUGCACAAAAUGGCUGGUUUUGUGUAAUGAAUUAAUUACUUAAUACACUAAAAUAAAAGCAAGAAACAUUAAUUAUAAAAAGAUUAUAAAUGAUGAAAAGUGUUACCAGUAGGUACCUACUAAAAGGUUUUAU